CCGCUCCACCCCUCCAGUAGUCCAGUCUCCUCCGACAUACGUCUCCACCAGCCCCUCAGCAACGGACGGCGACUCUCCUCCGUCGCUCCGUCUCCUCGGCUCCGGGCUCCGGCGGACGGCCUAACUCCGAAGUUCUGACUGUCCAGCCCCAAAGCUCCAAGCUAAAGUCGUCGCCUCGCUGGACCAAGGACCAGGCUCCAAGCUCAUUGUCGACUCGCCAAACUAGUCCGCCACUCCGCCUUCACCUGCUGCAGGACCAGUUACUCGAUCACCGCUGGAUUUCUCUGAAGACAGCCAAGUCCACUGAAGUAAGGUAAACUCAAUGGCAGAUUCAUCGGAAGGAGAGGAAGAAGGGAAGCUGAGAGGAGGUAGCCAACAACUUUUGGUUGAUGAUGACCUCUGUGAGAUGGCUAAGAAGGCUGUUUGGAGUGUCAGCUCUUGCAAAGCUGGAAAUGGCAUUACUUCCCUUCGAGAUGAUAACCUUGAUACAUACUGGCAAUCUGAUGGUGCUCAACCUCAUCUCGUAAAUAUACAGUUCCAAAAGAAAGUAAAGCUCCAAUUAGUAGUUUUAUAUGUUGAUUUCAAGCUUGAUGAGAGCUACACCCCUAGUAAUAUUUCAAUUCGUGCCUGUGAUGGUUUCCACAACUUGAAGGAGAUAAAAUCAGUGGAACUUGUCAAGCCAACCGGAUGGGUGUAUAUAUCAUUGUCUGGGAAUAAUCCUCGUGAAACCUUUGUCAACACUUUCAUGUUGCAAGUGGCAAUUUUGUCAAAUCAUCUGAAUGGGAGGGACACUCAUAUCCGCCAGAUUAAAGUCUAUGGACCUAGGCCGAACCCCAUCCCACUUCAACCAUUCCAGUUCACCUCAACAGAGUUCAUUACCUACUCUAUUGUGAGGUAAAACUCAGAAGAACACCAACAUGUUUCAAUGUAACAAAA